AUGGCCGCCAAGGUGUCCCCAUCGUCCUCCGCGGGGCCGAUCCGCCAUCGUCGGUCCCCCGAUCCGCUCGCCGUUGCGCCCCUACGCCGGUUCGAGGACUUCCCCGUCCUCCCUUGGACCCGGCAGCCAAUGAGGUACUACCUCGGGGUCCGGCAGCGGCGGUGGUGGACGUGGGUCUCCAAGAUUACAGAUCGAGAGACCCACACCCGCCGGUGGCUCCGUAGCUUCGACACAGCCGAGCUCGCGGCCAUGGAGUACAACCGCUGGCAGGACCGCUACCACGGCGCGGCGGCUAGGCUCAAUUUCCCCUUCGGCACACCUCCAGUCGACCUCGUUCCGCCAGAGCCAGGGGUGUCUCACAAGGUUGAUGUCUUGUACAGAUUGUUGCAAUUUAUGCCUUAA